AUGGCGCGCGCGCUCUCAAACGCCGAGCGUUUACAGCCGCGCGUGGACGCGUGUAACGAAAUCACCGCCGCGGACCACGCCAAAUACGUGCCUUUCGUCGUCGACGGUCACGCCGUGGGCGCGCUUCAGCCGUGGUUCGCGGACGAGCUGUUGGGCGCGAGCGGGUCGGGGACGCUCGAGCGGGACGCGAGCGGGACGGUGGUUUUCGCGCGGGAGGUGGAUACCCCGGAUAAGCGCACGGACGCGCUGCGACCGGCGCUGGAGGCGCUGAGAGAUAAGGGCGUCAUCACGGGUUGGCGGGAUGAGAUUUUUCCCGUCACGAUGGGGUACGGCGUGCCGCCGUUGUUGCGCGUCGAACGCGCGGCGGCGUCGCUCUUGGGCGUGCGAGCGUACGGCGUCCACGUGAACGGGUUCGUGACGUUACCGGACGGCACCAAAGAGCUGUGGGUAGGGAAGCGAGCGAAGAACAAACAAACGUUUCCUUCCAAGCUCGAUCACCUCGUCGCCGGAGGAUUGCCCGACGGCAUGCCUCCGAGCGUGUGCGUCGUCAAGGAGUGCGGAGAGGAGGCGAGCGUGCCCGAGUCGUUGGCAAAGAACGCCACGGCGGUCGGCGCGGUGAGUUAUUCGAUGAAUUACCAGGGUUGCUGCAAGCGAGACGUGCUGUUCUGCUACGAUUUAGAGCUCCCGCUGGAUUUCGUGCCGACUCCAGACGACGGCGAGGUGGAAAGUUUCGAGCGAUACGAAAUUUCCAAAGUGAUCGACAUCAUGGCGACAACGGAGGACUUCAAGCCAAACUGCUGCCUCGUGAUCAUCGAUUUUUGCGUGCGGCACGGUUUUAUCACCCCGGACGAGCCAGGGUACGUGAAACUCGUGCAAAGCUUGCGCGUCGGUAACGAUUAG